UCUCUGUUCGUGCGCCAAUCCGCCAUUUUGAUUCGUGGUCGCUUGUCAGAGCGGGGAGCGGUUGUGACGAAUUUUUCAAUAAAUUCUUCACUGCCGAUAAUUGGAUAAAUACAUUUUCAUUUAUGAAGUGAUCAGAAAGCAGUCUAAAUGAUGGCGAGAUACGGUCAACGACCGGAAAAUGCCCUCAAACGGGCCAAUGAGUUUAUGGAACUGGACAAGCCAGCCCGGGCUUUGGACACUCUUCAGGAAGUGUUUCGGAACAAAAAAUGGGCAUACAACUGGUCCGAAUCGGUGCUGGAGCCGAUUAUGUUCAAAUACUUGGAAUUAUGCGUGGACCUGAGGAAGUCUCAUAUAGCUAAAGAAGGCUUGUUCCAGUACAGGAACAUGUUCCAGUCUGUUAACGUAGGGUCGCUGGAGCAAGUUAUAAGAGGAUACUUACGCAUGGCCGAGGAACGUACAGAGGCAGCCAGGGCUCAAUCCACACAGGCUGUCAUCGAUACUGAUGAUCUUGACAACUUGGCCACACCAGAGAGUAUCUUGCUUAGUGCAGUCUCUGGAGAAGAUGCACAGGAUCGCUCUGAUAGAACUAUACUAACACCAUGGGUAAAAUUCCUAUGGGAAUCCUAUUGCCAAUGUUUAGAGUUGCUCCGUACUAAUGCACAUGUAGAAACUCUGUACCAUGACAUUGCUCGGAUGGCAUUCCAGUUCUGUCUCAAGUACUCCAGGAAGACAGAGUUCAGGAAACUCUGUGAUAAGCUGAGGAAGCAUCUUGAAGAUAUUUGUAAGCCUACAGUACAGACUGGAAAUGUCAGCAUCAGCAAGCCUGAGACCCAGCAGCUCAACUUGGAGACCAGGUUGUUCCAACUUGACAGUGCUAUACAGAUGGAAUUGUGGCAGGAAGCUUAUAAGGCAAUAGAGGACAUUCACAACUUAAUGAACAUGUCCAAGAAGACACCAGUUGCAAAGACCAUGGCUAACUACUAUGGCAAGCUAGCACUGGUCUUCUGGAAAGCUGGUCACUGCUUGUUCCACGCUGCUGCACUUCUGAAGCUGUUCCAGCUCUCUAGGGAGAUGAAGAAGAACAUAACGCAGGAAGAAUUGCAGAAGAUGGCGUGCCGCGUGUUAGUUGCAGUUCUGUCAGUACCUCUACCAUCACUGCAUCCGGAGUUUGACCGAUUUGUUGAAACUGACAAAAGUCCAGUGGAAAAGGCUCAGAGAUUAGCCGUCCUGUUAGGUUUAGCACAACCACCUACUCGAGCCAGCUUAUUAAAGGAUGUGAUUCGUCUCAAUGUUGUGAACUUGGCAUCACCGCAGCUGCAGCAGCUGUACAGCUGGUUGGAGGUGGAAUUUGAUCCACUUACCAUCUGCGCCAAUGUUCAGACCGUCGUCAAGCAUUUGCAAGAGGAGCCUAGUGAGUAUUCGUCUCUGGCGCAGUACACGGUGGCGCUGACAGACGUGGCGUUGGUGCGACUGGUGCGGCAAGUGGCGCAGUGCUACUCUUGUGUGCAGUUCGCUCGCCUGCUGGAGCUGGCUCACACCACUGACCUGUUCCACCUGGAGCGUCUGCUGGUAGACUGCGUGCGACAUAAUGAUAUGCAGAUACGCAUCGAUCACGCUAAACAAUGUGUCCACUUUGGUGUGGAGUCAGGUGGCGGCGAGUGGUGCUCGGCUGCAGAUGAGGCGUGUGGCGGCGCCAUACUGCAAGCUACGCCUGCUGAACAGAUGCGUGAACAACUAGUCCGUGCUGCUGAAGUCCUAUCCCGGGCAGUACAUGAACUGUUCCCGGAGCGUCGACGUGCGGAACGUGAGCGUGACCGGGCGCAUAUGGUACAGCACUACCAUGAGAACAAGCACGCCGAGCAUCAUAGAGUAUUGCAGCGUCACAAGAUUAUAGAGGAGAGGAAGGAGUAUAUUGAACGCCUGAACACAGUUCGCGAAGAGGAGGAGCUACGUCGUCAAGAGGAGCAGCAGCGGUUGGCGGCGGCGGCGGAGGCGCGGCGGCUGGAGGCGGAGCGCGAGGAGCGAGAGAAGCGGCGCCACGCCUCAGAGAUGGCCGCCAUGCGCGAGAGACAUCUACGCGAGAGGAUCGCCCACAUCUCGCAGACUAUGCACGGCAAGAAAGUGCUGCAGAAGCUCGAUGAAGAGGAUUUGAAGAAAAUGGACGCGGAUGCUAUAUCUAAGCGUGAGGCUGAGGAGCUGAUGAAAGAACGUCGCGAGCUCCAAGCGCGGCUCAAGUCACAGGAGAAGAAGGUUGACUAUUUCGAGCGAGCCAAGCGCUUGGAGGAAAUCCCGCUGUUGCAGAAGAGUUUGGAGGAGAAGCAAGUACAGGAUAAAGCAUUCUGGGAACAGCAGGAGAAGGAGCGCAUUCAACAACUUAUUGAGGCCCGUGCACGUGACGUGGCGACUGCGAGCCGUCUGUCGCGUAUGGCGGAGCACCGUGAGCAGUUCACGGCGCGGCUGCGCAGUGAGCGCGGCGCAGCUCACCUCAAGUGCUUAGCUGACUUCCAGCAGCGGUUGGCAUCUGAGCGAGAGGCGAGACUGGCGCAGCGUAAAGCUCAGCGCAUUGAGAAACGUAGACAGGAGUGGCUGGCGGAGAAGCAGCGCGCAGAGGAGCGCGCGGCCGAAGAGGCGCGCCGCCAGAAGGAGGAGGAGGAGAAACGGGAGAAGGAGGAGCGCGAGCGCCGCCACCAGGAGGAGCUGAUCGCGCUACGCGAGAGAAAGGAGAAGGAGCACCAGGAGAUGUUGGCGCGUGCCGAGGCGCGUGCGCGUGCGCAGGAGGCGGCGGCGGCUCGCAAGCUGGAGGAGCAGAAAGCCUCUGCUUCGAGCUGGCGCCGCGCAGACGACACCUGGCGCGCUGGCAGCGGAGGACCUGCAGCACCUGGAGCGCGUCGCGACGACCGACCACUAUCCUCAGAGAGACGAGACGAACGCCCGCCGCUCAAAGACGACAAGGAAGCUGACAGACCUCGUCCAAAAGAACCUGAACCUCGCAAGCUGGAUGAACCCAAGGCGGCCACCGGCAGCAGCUGGCGGCGUGACGACAGCCGUAGACCUGUAUUACCACCAAGCCGCAGUAUGGGUCCGCGCGAUGAACGACCACGGUCACCUGAACGUCGGCCAUUACGUGAUGAACGUGGUCCUCCACUUAAAGACGACCGUCCUUCAGCAAGAGAUGAAAGGCCGCGUGUAGGCUACGGUGGGCGUUCCAGCGGACCAGAGACCGGCAGCUGGCGCAGAGGACCCGCCGACCCACCGCCAGCGCCCACUGAACGUUCAUCAACAUGGCGCAGUAAAGACGGACCACCGCGUGACGACCGUUAUCGUGAUGGUCCAAGAGACCGUGACGGACCGAGAGACCGCGACGGACCAAGAGACCGCGAUGGACCAAGAGACCGCGACGGACCAAGAGACCGCGACGGACCAAGAGACCGCGACGGACCGAGAGACCGUGACCGCUACCCGCCGAGAAGAGAUGAUCGCGAUGGUCCUAGGAGAGACGAUCGUGAUGGUCCCAGGAGAGAUGACCGCGAUGGUCCCAGAAGGGAUGACCGCGAUGGUCCUAGGAGAGAUGACCGUGACGGGCCGCGUAGAGACGACCGCGACCGCCGCCCGCCGCCGCCGCGCCGUGAUGAGAAACCACGUGAUCCUGAUGGCGACUGGCAAUCAGUGAGGCGCUAAACCAACGACAGUUCUCUACAAACGAUCCAGUUGUGUCCAAAGUGGCUGGUUCACAAAUUACUGGAUUUAUAUGUCACUGAUUAAUAGUGAAUAUAGACCAUUUGUAAUUUACCUAGAUGAAUUGCAAAGAUUCGACAAGUUGCAUCAUAA